AUGGACGCCUUCAAAACCCUACCCCAAGGCAUCGAAGCCUCUCAACCCAACCAGUCAAUCCAAGAAGACGACACUCCAUCCCUCCUCGUCGUAAUCCUCGACACGAACCCCUUCGCGUGGGGAUCCCUCUCCUCAACUCUCCCACUCGAGAAAGCAUUGGCGCAGCUACUGAUUUUCGUUAAUGCGCAUCUUGCGUUGAGUCAUGAUAAUCGGGUUGCGGUGUUGGCGUCACAUAUUGAUCGUGCAGAAUUUCUCUAUCCAGACAUCAACCCCUCACAAUCAAAAGCACCAGCCCCAGCACCACCACAAGCUGCGGGUGAGGAAACCGUCACAGACGACACCACCCACUCCCGCCUCGCAAACUCCUACCGCCCCUUCCGUACUGUCGACGAUACCGUCCACCACAACCUCCGCUCUUUCCUCUCCCACCCAACAACCUCCACCUCCACAACCCAAUCAUCCUCCCUCAUCGCCGGCGCACUAACACGAGCUCUGACGUAUAUCAAUCGUGUUGAGACGGAGGUCGGGGGAGUGGGGGGGAUCAGGAGUAGGGUUUUUGUGUUGAGUGUCAGUGGGGAGGGGAGGGAGGGAUAUGUGGCCAUGAUGAAUUGUAUUUUUGCGGCGCAGAAGAAGCGCAUUCCAAUCGACGUAUGCUCCCUCACACCCUCCUCCACCACCACAACAACAAUUGACCACCCCGAAACCGGAACCUCAACCUCCUUUCUCCAACAAGCCGCCGACGCAACCUCCGGCCUCUACCUCCCCCUCCCCCUCUCCCCCUCCUCCCUAUCCUCACCCUCACAUCCCCUCUCCCCCCCCACUCCCUCCCUCCUCCAAUACCUCCUCCACCUCUUCCUCCCCCCACCCCCCCUCCGCCCCACCCUCCUCCUCCCCCUCCAAUCAAACGUCGAUUUCCGCGCAGCGUGUUUUUGUCAUAAGAGGGUCGUGGAGAUUGGAUGGGUUUGUGGGGUUUGUUUGAGUAUAUUUUGUGGAGAGGGGGUCGAGAUGAUCAAACAGGGUGGGGGGAGGUGUGGGACUUGUGGGACGGAGGUUGGGGUUGAGGGGGGUGGGGGGGCGAAAAAGGUUGGUGCGGUAUGA